CCGCCGCCUCCACCACGUGACCCGCGGGAGCGCCCCGCCCGCCGCGCCGCGGGUUUGUUUCCAAGGCGACCGACGGGCGGGAGGGAAAGAGGGAUGAGAGAAGAGGAAUGGCGGCCGGGGGGGGGGGACUCCUUCCCUCCCGCCCCGCAGAAGGAAGCGCGGGCUCGUCUGCUGAGGGAAGGCGGCGGGGGCGGGAGUGUGGAGGAGAAGGGGCUGGCGCAUGCGUGGUGGCGCUGGAACCCUGGACCUCGGAGGGAGAGGGCGCGCGCACGUGCGUGUGGCUCCGCGCUCGCUCGCGCGCCGCUUAGCCUGAUCCUUCGGAGCUGCAGCUGCUCUUGCAGCAGCCGAGGAGAGCGGCUUCCCGGUAGGCUUCUCGGGCGGCAGCGGCAGCAGCAGCAGAUGUGAAUGGAGCUUUGUUUAUCUCUGGAAAUCUACUCAUCUAUUAAAUGAAAAGGGCAGCACAACUUCGCAGCGGCACAAUGGGCUUCAAAAGUGUUCCACUUUAGUGAUGGUGGAUGUAUCCUAUGACUAAUGGAAUCUUUCUGCAGCAUUAGGUGAGAUGCCUGAAGCCAAGGUCACCACUAUGGUGCAAAGGCCUCCUAUAGAAGGCGGAAUUUCAGAAGUUGAAAUAAUAUCUCAGCAAAUAGAAGAAGAGACCAAAAGCAUAGCACCUGUACAGCUUGUUAAUUUUGCUUAUCGGGAUUUACCACUAGCUGCGCUAGAUCUGUCUGUAGCAGGUUCCCAACUCUUGUCAAAUUUGGACGAGGAGUACCAAAGAGAAGGAUCUAACUGGCUUAAGCCGUGCUGUGGGAGGCGAGCUGCUGUGUGGCAGGUAUUUUUGCUCAGUGCAAGUCUCAACAGUUUCCUGGUAGCCUGUGUAGUAUUGGUGGUGAUCCUGCUGACUCUGGAACUCCUAAUAGAUAUAAAGCUUCUCCAGUUUUCAAAUGCAUCACAGUUUGCUGGAGUUAUUCACUGGAUCAGUCUAGUUAUCCUCUCUGUGUUCUUUUCAGAGACUGUUUUGAGAAUAGUGGUUCUUGGUAUAUGGGACUACAUUGAAAAUAAAAUAGAGGUAUUUGAUGGUGCUGUGAUCAUCUUAUCCUUGGCUCCAAUGGUGGCUUCUACAGUGGCGAAUGGACCAAGCAGUCCUUGGGAUGCUAUUAGCCUUAUUAUCACACUGAGAAUUUGGAGAGUGAAGAGAAUUAUUGAUGCCUACGUAUUACCAGUUAAGGUGGAAAUGGAGAUGGUGAUUCAACAGUAUGAGAAGGCAAAGGUCAUUCAAGAUGAGCAGCUGGAAAGGCUAACCCAAAUCUGCCAAGAGCAGGGAUUUGAAAUUAGGCAGCUGCGGGCUCACCUGGCUCAGCAAGAUCUGGACCUUGCUGCUGAGAGGGAGGCUGCAUUGCAGGUCCCACACAUGCUGAACAAGCAGAGCAGCAACCGAUACAAAGUUGUGGCGGCUGGAGGGGAUUCCGACGACGAGGCAACUGAAAACAUCUCAGAAUUGCGGGCGCCUCGGGAGACCAUGGUCAAAGACGAUAUGAACAACUACAUCAGUCAGUACUACAAUGAGCCCAGUAGUGACAGUGGUGUUCCCGAAGGAGCCAUCUGUGUCAUUACGACGGCUGCGAUUGACGUGCACCACCCCAACAUCUCCUCCGACCUCUUCACGGUGGACGUGCCCAUGAAGAUUAUGGGGAGCAACGGGACUUCCGCCAGCGUUGCCUCAGGCAGUGCCUCCAGGUCCACAGACAGCUCCGUCACCAGAGCCCAGAGUGACAGCAGCCAGACCUUUGGCUCUUCCACGGACUGCAGUACAACCCGGGAGGAGUCCUCUGAGUAUUGCCCCUUGGAGAGGGCUUGCCAUGUAGCCAAACGUGAUCAGGUAGAUUCUUCUUCCACCCACAGCAGAGUCAACAAUGCCGUGGUGCAAGAACUGCUGUCAUCCUUGUCCGAUGAUUCCUGCUUGACACAAAAAGGACUGGAUCCGGUCAACCUUAAACUGCCAAGCCCAUCAGGGUCUACCAAAGCCAGCCCAGAACUGGAGCACCGAGUGAACAUUUACAACAGGAAGAACCAAGAAAGCUUUGGUAUGUUUCAGAUAAAGCCGGUAAUCCACUUUCAGCAGAAUACGCCUGUGAUCGACAAGUAUACGCCUUUGGAAUCCAAAGAGCAAAAGUUAAACAGGGUCCCAGAUUCAUAGUCCUUUUGCUGCUAUUGGGGUUAUAAAAAAAUAAAGGAGAGGCUUUGCAAGGGAGACAUACUAAAGCUUUAAAUGGGGCUGCCGGAACCAACCCCUGGGUGGGUAUUUUGCGUGGAUCGGAAUGAGUUAAAUAUUCUUUUAAAUAGGGGGGGAAAUGCAUGAGUUGUGAGAGAGCCAGCACGGAAAAUUUGACAUUUCUACCACCUGAAGUCCUAGUUGAAGGGAUGGGGGCAGAGACCCAUCAUGUUAAAACAAUGACCUCAAAGAUGUAUAGAUUCUUAAUGCGUUUUUUUUAAAGAAGCAGACACAAAUCACACAGUUUUUAAGGAAUUCUGGACAAUCUUCUAUCAGGUCAGGUUUCAGCAGGGUAUAUGAUACAAGCAGAUGUAAACUUCUCUCCUCCUCUUUCUUACAAUCUCCCUUUAUAUGUGACAACUGCAAACCCCUUUGUAUAAAGAUGGCAAAUAUUUUUGUUCUUCCUGAGGAGAAAACAAAAACAUUUUUCAGGGAGUACUUUGAAUGAUGCAGAUCAAAGAAAUUUUAAAAAAGUGAUCUUUUUAUUUUUAGCAUGAACUUUGGGAAGAAAAUAUUUUGACAAAAUUAAAAGUUGUCGUCUCCAAGACAACAGAGUAAAAAUGGACAUUUUACAAAUAUGGUUUUAAUUAAAAAGAUUUUUUUUAUAUUAAAAAAUCCUAAAUGCA